UUCCAUUUGAUUGACUUUGAAAGACCUGUAACUGAAUCGUUGGCCAGGUAAGAACAGGGAUGGCCCUUACAGAGCCUACAACUCGAUAGGGACUAUAUAGUCCAGCAAACCGACAACCGUACUGCCUUGCCUCUUACAUGGCGUGGUCUUUCACCUCUACCGAGACGACUACGGCUCAUGUUGAACUAAGCGACAUGCGGCGGAAAGAUGACAUGACAAACUGAGGAAUGGAAACAAGACAUAAACUGUGACGGUGGACUUCGGCCAAGGGAAUGUGGAAACGAGCUGAUGGAUUGGUCGGAACAUGCAUGUAAAUAGCUUGCAAUGCCCUCAGAGAUCUACCUCGGCAGACGUCAGUGCCUACAAUCUAUCGGGAAGGGCGAUGACUCAGGUCUGGCUGGUGCAAUAACUUUGAGAGCCAUACUAUCCAAGUAUGAUCCUCAAAAGAGACAAUCCAACACCUCUUCUACCCACCACAACCUAAUCAACAGUAAUGAGUAUGUAGUUCCGAUAUGCCUCCACAUCCAUUACGCAGUCCUAUUGGCCAGAACCUAUGAAGAAAGGGACCCACUCAGAUCUCCAAUUUAAUCUUAUCAAACUCCCGCAAAACAACAAAAAUCCCCCUCACCACCAACCCACGAACCCCAAUCACCCAAAGAAAGAAACAAAAAGAGAUGUCCCGAGAAGCCCUCACCUUCCCCCCCUCCAACCGCACAUUCUUAGAACCUCAUCUCCCCCCUAACAAUGACACCAAACCCUCCAACCCCACCCUCCCCUUCACAACCCUGACCUUCGCAACCUCCCUAGACAGCUCUCUAGCCCUGGCCCCAGGGACCCGGACCACUCUCUCCGGCCCACAAUCCAAGGCCAUGACGCACUAUCUGCGCUCCCGACACGACGCUAUCCUAAUCGGCGUCGGGACAGCGGUCGCCGAUAACCCGGGGCUAAACUGCCGGAUCGAGGGUGUCGGGGGCUACGGCGGGGAGGGAUUACUCGGUCAACCGAGACCGAUUAUCAUUGAUCCCCGUGCGCGAUGGGAUUUCACUGACAAGUCGAAGAUCCUGGAACUGGUGAAGGAGGGCAAAGGGCGCGCCCCGUUUAUUGUCACUUCUGCUGGUACGGUCCCAGCUGCUGAGAAGAGGGCGUUGUUGGAGAGCUACGGAGGGAAGUUCAUUCCUCUUGAGCUCUUUGUUGAUGAGCAUGGGGAGAAGGAGUUGGAUUGGACUGCGGUCCUGGAGUGUUUGAGGAGUGAAGGGUUAAAGAGUGUCAUGGUUGAGGGGGGUGGGAUGGUUAUUAAUUCGCUGCUUGAACCGCGGUGGGCGCAUCUUGUUGAUUCAGUUAUUGUUACGAUUGCGCCCACUUGGCUGGGACAGGGUGGUGUUGUGGUCUCGCCGAGACGUAGGGUUGAGGGGGGUCAGCCGGUGCCGGCAGCCAGGCUGAAGGAUGUUAGGUGGUAUCCUUUUGGGGAGGAUGUGGUGCUUUGUGGGAGAGUUUAGAGGGGGCUUCUUGGAUGCUGUUGUGUUAGGGCAUGGCCUCUGCCGAGGAUGGUAUAUGUUCUAUGCACGAUAGCAGUGAGGAUGAGUGCCGGCAUUCGACGCUGGACAUGCUGCAAUCGAA